AUGAAUUCCAGUGUUCCACCUUGGCGCUCUACCGCUACAGCUCCGAUGGCUCGAGCUUCUGCAUACCCUACAACUGCGACCCCUGCCUACAUCCCCGUCCAAGCCCGUCGUAGCCUCGCCCAUAGUACUACCAACUCUACCACCGGACCUGUCGCUUCAUCUGGCAGGCAAGAAUCGCCGGACGAUGAAUCCCCAAAGCGAGUGGAAUUCCCGCCUCCCGUCCGAUCAUACGUGCAACGUUGCUUUGCCCCCGAGAACCAGGUUGCCAGCGUCAGCACCUACGAGAUGCAGGAGAAACUGAAACACGUGAUUACCGACGCGGCGGAGAAUAACAAGCUGGGAAUGAUCGACUGGGAAAGACUACCUUUGCCACAGGUGAUGGUCCAAAAUGAACGCAACAAAAUCCUGGCCAACCCUGCCUCCUCGAACUGGGCAUCCACCCAGCCAUCCUCCCCAGGAAACGCCAGUCGGAAAAGAAAGUCCACCGAUGGCCAGCCGUCAGGCACCGGAUCGCCUCCCUGGAGAUCAGCUAACACCAGUCGUUUUGAAGAUCGAGUUACUCACCCAGCCACAGAAAAGAAGAAGCCCCGUAUUGCAGUGGACCAGUUUAGUAAGUCCAAAGCUAAUUUGGAAAUGAGGCGAAAGCGCUUCGAUUUGGACAAUGGAAAGUCCCCAUCGCCCGCUGGAUCCCCGGCACGCAGUGCCGAUGCAGACCGAGGUCCUGUCGUGGGACGAUGCCAAACAUUGGAGAAGAAUUACUUCCGCUUGACUUCUGCCCCCAACCCAGACACUGUCCGUCCGUUGCCCGUCCUAAUCAAGGCCCUGGAUCUGUUGAAAAGAAAAUGGAAGACCGACGGCAACUACGGAUACAUCUGUGAUCAGUUUAAGUCCCUCCGCCAGGACCUGACGGUCCAGCAUAUCCGAACCGAGUUCACUGUGACCGUCUAUGAGAUUCACGCGCGCAUCGCCCUGGAGAAAGGGGAUCUUGGUGAGUACAACCAGUGCCAAACCCAAUUACGGGUGCUGUAUGCCCAGCAGCUGGCCGGCCACCCGACGGAAUUCAAGGCCUAUCGUAUUCUGUAUUUCAUUUAUACUCGGAAUUGGACGGCUAUGAACGACGCGCUCGCGGACGUAACCCAGGAAGAUAAGCAAGACCCGGCCGUGAAACAUGCCCUGGAUGUCCGCUCUGCCCUGGCGCUCGGGAACUACCAUCGUUUCUUCCAGCUAUACCUUGAUACGCCCAACAUGGGAGCCUACCUCAUGGACAUGUUUGUGGACCGUGAGCGGCUGAGUGCGUUGGCAGUGAUGUCUAGAGCAUACAAACCCGAUGUCAACAUUCGGUUCAUUACAGAGGAACUUGGCUUUGAGUCCGAUGAGCAGGCCGCCCGCUUUAUCCUCGACAACUCCUCCGCGGGGCUGCUGGAAGAGAAGAACGGGGCUGUGAGGCUGUUGACUGGCAAGGCUGGCUCUUUAUUCGACCAGGCCAAAUCGGCCGCUCAUCGUGUGGUCGAUAUCAAGGGCCAGAUUUAA